AUAAUAGUCGAAAUUCUCAUAGCUAUAGCUGCAGUCCUAGCUAACUUCUCAAUCAUCUUUCUCUUCAUAAAAGUACGCCAUCUACGUAGAUCUACAGCUAAUAGCUACAUAACAUCUCUAGCUAUGGCUGACUUCUUAGUCGGUUUAUUUGGCGUACCGUCGGCAAUUUUAACCGAAAUCGGCUUACCGACUAACUUUCGAUUGUGUUUGAUAUCUACUUCGGUAUUGCUUCUCAUAUGUACGGUAUCCAUCUUUUCACUGUUGAUCGUCACACUAGAUAGGUACAUGGCCGUCUUGCACCCUUUCAAGUACCGCAGAGUUUAUAGGCGGGGCUGGGUCAAAAAAAUUGUCGUUGUGAUUGGCUGGAUGUUUGGGUGUCUUCUAGGGUGCUUUCCGCUCAUUGGAUGGAACUUAGGGGAACCCAAAUAUAAAAGGUGUUUCUUCGCGGAGGUCAUCGAUCCGGCCUACCUUGCUUUCCUCUUCUGGACGACAAUUCUCCUUCCGUCAUUCAUCAUGGCCUACGCCUACGUCCGGAUCUAUCUCGAAAUUCGGAAACAGGUGAGAGGAGGAUUGAUAAAAGAGAGAGAGAGAGAGAGAGAGAGAGAGAGAGAGAGAGGGAGAGAGAGAGAGAGAGAAAGACAGAUUUUCCGAAGUCUGGCACUAAUCGUGACCACCUUCCUCCUCUCUUGGUUGCCUCUCUACCUAACCAACACCGUAUCCCUACACUGCCCCUGUUGUUCGAAGCCUAAGAACAUGCUCCUAUUCUUUAUUUGUCUCUCCCACUUAAAUUCCGUCUGGAAUCCGCUGAUGUAUGCGUGGGGUACUAAGGAGUAUCGCCAGGCAUUU